GCGUUGGGUCCGGCGCUUCUCAUCGGCAUCGCCGCUCUGAAGAUCGAUCCCGCGACAUUGCAGCUGGAGCAGGUGAACGCUCUUAUCCUUUUCAUCGAGCUGACCCCUGGCUGCCUCGACCCCGCGGCGACGGCGAUCGGCGACCUCCUCGCCCCAGCCCCGACGCUGACGGCCAGCAUCGAAAGGGCUCACCCAGCCCUGGGCGGAAGACCGCGGCUGACGUCACUCUUCGGCCAGCGCGUCGACACACUGGAGCGGCGCAUGGACGACGUCGACAUCCUCGAGAAGGAGCUCGGGCUCAUGCGCGGCGGGGACCCUGGCCCCGCACCAGCUGGCCCGGCCUGGAAUCGCCCCAAGGGCACCACCAUCCUGCGCGUCGUCGCCCGCGGCCACGUGGCGAAGGACCAGGUCCGCGCUUCCCCCGCCGACUUGCUCGACGCAGCCACCAUCAAACAGGGCCGCGUGGAGCUCAUCGGCGACGACCUUGGCAAAAGCUUCACCCUCCAGUUUAAAGGUGCGCGUGAGUGGGCCACCAAACAGGUCGCACUCGCCCAGUCCGCCCUUCGACGUGCUGACGGGUCUUGGCGGUCAUUCUCCUGCGCCGCCCCCAGCGGCGAGGUCGCCAACCUCGCGGUUCAUGAGGAUAAGAACCAGCAUGGCCGCACCCUCGAGUUCGAGCUCCGCAAAGAACUGCGGGCGCUCACGGCCGCCACUGGGAAACGCUUUUUCGCCGACAAGCAGUCGGGCACCCUCACCCAUGACUGGACCCCCGUGGUCAAGAUCGGCGUCGGGCCCGACGGAAGCGUCGAACUUCUGUGGCCUUGGGGCGUCAUGGGUGGUGGCGCCGUGAUCUUUGUCAACGAGCUCGCAGGCCGGGUCGCCCCCGCAGUGGUGUCCCACGGCGCUCCGGUACCGGGCCGCAUCCAGCGGCUCCACCUUCGCCUGCCAUGGCCUGCCCUUGACGACGGCGGUGGCCAGGCCAAUGGUGACCAGGAGCCGCCGCGAGCACCAGAUGCCGGUGACCUUCCUGACGCUGGCGAGGCGCCCCCAACACCGGCAGCGUGCGCCCCGCCUGGGAGCGCGCGCAACCACGAGGAGCUCAUAAUCUGGAACGUUCACAACCACGGACUCAGCGCCAGCCUAUCCAAGACGGUCACCACGGACAUAAUCGCAGACGCUCGCUGGUCGCGCGAGUCCCCCCGGACUCGCGCCUGCUUUGUGGCGGGUGAUUUCAACUGGUCGGACGAGCUGCCCCUUCUGCGUGGUCAGGUUUCUGGCGAGGCGGCCCUUCCACGAGAACGUCUAUCUGGAGCCGGCCGUGCGGGGCGCCGCUGGCGUGCGAUGGCUGUGGUCUACACGGAGCUCGUCGUGGUCGGCCCGACCCACUGGGUUGCCCGCGCCAGGGCAGCCGCGCUCCAGGAGGGGGGCCAGUCCCCGCGGAUCCAGCCGCGCGCACUUAUUCCACGGCAUUACCUCGAGCACCACCUCUAUGCGGACCUGGUAGACAAGUACUUGGGCGCGGCCAAGGUCGCGAAGAUCAUCCGCAACGUCGAGAUUCGCGGGGUGCCUGACGGGGCCCAUGCGAAGGCCGUGGUCGCGCGCACGCUCGCGCGGCUCCUCCAUGGCAAUGACUUCGAGGCCGUUUCGAGGCUCUGCAAGCUCCACCCAUGGAUCUCUGAGUACGUUCGCAUCGGCCUCGCUGUCAGUCGCGCCACCCUGGUUGACCCACUUCGGUUCGCCGAGCUCCACUCCCGAUUGCAGCGCGACGAGGCGCAGCGCAAGGGGGCGGCCCUUGUUGCCGAGGAGGACCAGGAGGCCAGCUUUCGGAAAGUUGUCGCCGGGAUCCGCGCCGAGAGCCAGACAAUCGCAAACCCGGAGGGCAUCCGCGCCGACCUGUCUGACUACUGCGGCUGCGUCUUCUCGGCGAAGGCGCCGCCAGGUCCCGGCGCUCGCCGCUACCUCGACCGUGUCAACGGCGGCGCGUUAGUUGGGCAGGUGGAUCCGCCAGCGCGCCAUGACUUCACCAUGUAUGCCUACCAGCGCCCAUGCGGCUUCCCGAUGUUCGACUCCUUCAACCUCGCGACGGCGAUCUGCGCGCCCAAGGGCAUCGAUGAGCACGACAAUGGCGACCUAGUCAGCUGGGCGGCCAGCGGCGUGAGGCCCCUCAGCCCCAAGCGCGCCGGCAAUGAGAUCAUUUGCGCCGUUCUUCACUGGAAGUGGCAGGCGGUGGUCAAGCGCAUCGCCCCGCCGCGCCAGCGAGGUUUCGUCAACGGACGCAACUUCCACCAGAACGUCGUCGGCCUCGAUACCUGCGGUCGCGUCGCAGGUCUCCGCCCCUCCGCCGAGCACCCGCCCCUCAUGCUCUUCGAUUUCGCAGCGGCCUUUCCCUCUGCGGGGUGGGCAUUGCUAUUCAUGUGCCUGGGCGCGCUCCAACUCCCUGCUGGCAUGGUGAACGCCAUCGAGAUGCUGUGCCAUCGUGCUGCUGCUGUCAGCUCCCACGGUCACUGCAUCCGCUUCGCCAACUGGGCUAUUGCCCGCUCGCCCGCCGACGCCUGCACGAAGGCCGAGCUCUACGCUACCCGGGCGGUCCCGACAGUUUCAUGCGUCUCCCACUGCUACCUCUAUCGUGGGAGCUACGCGCCACGGAGGCGGCGCGUGCGCGAGGAGUCCGGGGCAACGGCAUCUGGGAAGGGGCCCCCGUGGAUCGACCACUUGGCUGAGGCCAGCUGCGGCUUCCCCAAUCGCCCCCACUUCUGCAGCCAUUCGGAUGCCCUCCUCCGCGAGAUGGCGGAACCGCGGGAGUCCGACGGCGGCGAGAAGGAAGGGCUUCAGACGUGGCUCGACCGUACUCUCACGCGGUGCUUCAUGCCAUCGACGAUCGCAGCAAAGUUUAGGGAGCGCAUCCUCAAGUGGUUUCCAAUGGCCGCAGGCGCCGCGAACUCCCACGGCUGGAACGCCCACCAGGAGCGCCUCAUGACCAUGUGGGCGCGUGACGGGGCGCUGGACACCUACCUCGGCGGCUUCGUCAUCCUCUUCCACGAGCUCCCGCUCGACGUUGCCGCGCCCUCGGCUCACGCCGAUGGCAAGGACACGAGAACUGUGGAGUACGCAGAGCAGGGCCCGAUAUUGGCAGUUCCCCGAUUGGUAGAAGAUGGCUUUGUACUGAACGAGAGCCAUGCUAUAAUGAGUUACUUGGGAGAUAAGUUCGAGUGGAAGCUGUACCCAGCGGAGGCGGGGAUCAAUGCCACGCUGAAAAUUAUCGAGCGCUGGCUGGCCACGUCCAGGUGGCUCUGCGGCGACUGCCCGACCAUUGCAGACCUCUCCUGCUAUUGCGAGAUCGGGCCGUGCCAGGACAAGUUCAUAGGCCUCUUCACCCUCAACGGGAUCAACCUUGAUUCUUACCCGCACAUUGUCAGGUGGUUGGAGGCAUGCGAGAAGCUUCCAGGGUACGACACAAGCCACGAGAUGCUUCGGAAGACGUCGCCAAAGAUCCGCAAG